AUGGCUGCAAAUGUCAUCGCUCUUAUUAUGCUAUCGUCCUUUGCCGUCUCGUCGGUUAACGGCGAUAUACCGUCGAGGCUCUUCGACGUGACAAAGUACGGUGCGGUUGCUAACGGAAGGACAGACGACAGUUUGGCAUUUCUUAGGGCGUGGCAGGACGCGUGCGCGUACCGUGGGAAGAGCGGCGUUUGGAUUCCACGCGGGGUGUAUUUGGUGGGGUCGGUGACGUUUUCCGGGCCGUGUAACGGGCCCAUUGCUUUUCUGAACAAAGGGACCCUGCGGGCCCCGACGGAACCCAGCAAGUUCAUUACCGACACGUGGAUAGGUUUCCGGUAUAUCAACCGAUUGACGGUGGCCGGCGGCGGGUACCUGGACGGAGAAGGCCCGGCUGCUUGGCCCUAUAACGAUUGCAACCGUAAUGCCGGAUGCAGGCCCCUUCCAGUUUCACUGAGACUCGACUUCGUGACCAACUCAAAAGUCCACCACCUGAGAUCCGUCAACAGCAAAAACACCCACAUCAACCUUUUCGCCUGCACCAACGUCAACCUCACCCAGCUCCGAAUCACGGCCCCAGCCGACAGCCCCAACACGGACGGCAUCCGCAUCGGCUCCUCCAACUCCAUCCGCAUCUCCAACUCCCGAAUCAGCACCGGCGACGACUGCAUAUCCAUGGUCUCCGGCACCCGCGACGUCGACAUCUCCUUCGUCUCCUGCGGCCCCGGCCACGGCAUCAGCGUCGGCAGCCUCGGCAAAGGCCCCCAAAACGAGUACGUCCUCGGAGUCCGCGUCUCCAACUGCUCCUUCGCGGGAACGGAAAACGGGGUCCGCAUCAAGACGUGGGCCCCGUCACAGUCCAGCCUGGCGUCCGGCAUCACGUUCGAGGAUAUCGUCAUGAGGUACGUGAAAAACCCGAUCGUCAUCGACCAGCAGUACUGCCCGCACUCCAACUGCAUGGAGGGCGUGAGUUCGGCCGUGCAAGUGGAGAAUGUGGUGUUCAGGAAUAUUCGGGGGAUCUCGCAGACGCAAGUGGCGGUCAACUUGCUGUGCAGCAAUAUUCGGCCUUGCAAGGAUAUUAAGCUCGUCGACAUAGACUUGUCGUACAUGGACCGUGGAGGACGGGCGAUUGCCCAGUGUUCGAAUGUCUUGGGUGCUGCCUAUGGACUACAGAUCCCUGCUGGCUGUUUGUAG